AUGGGGGAAGAAAAUUACACACCAGAUGGUUGCAGUAGCAGUAGUGGCACAAAGAAUCUGGAUUUUAGAGAAAUUCAAAAGGAAAUAAGCGAAUUUAAAAUUAAGCAAAACGAGACUUUCAAUUUUUAUCUAGACAGUAUUGACAAAUUGCUGCAAAAAGUUCAAAAGGCCAAAACAGAUGUAGAAGAAAAAAUAAAAAAAAAAAAAGACACCAUUAAGAGCGAAAGCGAUAAAAUGCGUGGAAAUGCAAAUGUGAAUGGCAGUAGUGUCCAGAUUAAUCUCAGCAGUGUGAAUACAAGUGAGGAAAAAAACAAGUACGAUAUUAAGGAGCUAGUAAAAGACGUUAAAGAACUGAAAAUUACAGAAAAGGGGCAUCAUAUCAUUGAUAAAACAAGAAACACCAGAAAUUUUCAACAAUGUUAA